AUGAACGUCCUCUCUCAACCCAACGCGCUCGCACCCGGCGGCGGUGCCCCAGCCAACGACGGCCAGCCCAAGCUCGCCUUCGACCCGUCGCAGCUGCCCGUCGCCUCGCUCGAGUCCCUCCGGUUCAAAGCGACGCAGAUCAUCGACUCCAUCGACCAGCUCCGUGCGGCGAUCGACCAAAACGGGCAGAACGCGCUCCCCCCCUGGCCCGACCUGCUCUCCAAAUACAACAUCCUCCUCUCCCAGACCCACAACUUCUCCAACUCGCUCCUCCCCGCCGCCCUCUCCUCCUCCUCCCAGUCCUCCUUCCCGACCUCACGUCACACCCAGACCUCGAACGUCCUCGAAAACCUCGUGCUGUACCCCUCCGUCGGCAUGCCCGACGCCCAGCUCGACGCCGAGAUCCUCCCCCUCCUCCGCAAACAGCAAACCCCGCACGUCCUCGCGCUCGAAAACGCGACCGUCCGCCGUCUCGCCGCGCACCUCACCACCCGCGGCUCGCUCGGCGUCCUCCUCCCCUCUCCCCCCAACGCCGCACGGACGACCUACGACGCCGUCCUGCGCGAAUGCGCCCAGCUCGCGGCCGAACACGACGCGCGCGCCGAGCGCGCCAUCCGCGCCGUCGACAUGCUCCGCGACAAGUACGACUGGCGCUCGCGCGUGCAGGUCGAGCAGGAGGAGCCGGAGGAGCUCGAGUGGGACCCGCGCGUCGCCGCCCGGGACGCGAUGGGGGACGCGGACACGAGCGCGACGCCCGCCGCCGAGGGCGGGGAGAGCGAGGGCAGCGGGAGCGACAGCGACAGCGAGAACGACGAGGAGGAGCUGGAGGUCAUGAUGGGCGAGCCGCCGAGCUCGUCCGUCGCGGGGUCCGCGGCGUCGACGCCUAUCGCCGGCUAAGCUAAUAACACGGCGCGUCUUUCAACACCUCCACGCACUCCCUCGCCGUCCUCCGCGCCCUCUCCGCCCUCUCUCCCUGGCCUUUCCCCCGCUUAGCCUGCACGAGCGCGACCAACGCCCCGAGCAGCGUAUACCACACCCUCUUCGUCCUCUGCCUCGGGAACACCACCGGGCUCCCUCCAUACCCCUCCAACAGCGCCUCGCUCGGGUCGACGAACCACGCCUCCGCCAGCGGAUCGCCCCACACCGCGUUCCCCAGCCCGUAGCUCAAGACACCCCUGAUCUCCGGCUCCUCCUCCUCCCCCUCCCCCCCUUCCUCCCCUUCCUCCCCAAGCGCGACGAGCACCGACUCGGCCCCCGCCCCGAACCCGACGAACGCCGGCCACUCGCAGUCGUCGAACAGAUAGAACCCGAUCGCGCGCCCGA